CACAAUGGAUUAAGUUACUAAGACUGUAUACUACGCAAAACAUAAGUUAUAAGCAAAAAUAUGUUUAAUUUACAGAUGUCACUGUUCAAAGUACGGGAUUGUUGGUCGACGGUGUGCGGGCAAGGUGAAACCUUUAGUUGUGAUGCAUUGACGGUGUUCAAUUUAUUUGGAUGCACUAAUGGAGACCAUGAAGUAGAACAAGACAACGUUAUUCUGGGUAGUCUGGAUGGUGUGCUACGAGUAUACAAUGGCGGUCUGUCGUGUCGAUCGAAAGUCAAUAAUUGUUUUUCUCCAUCUGACCUGUUGGUCGAGGUUCAGACCGACAGUCCAAUUUUACAGGUGUGCACCGGAAAGCUUGUCAGUUGUUCUCAAAAAAAUUAUAUUGCUGUUCUACGACCAUUCUCUGUACUCGUUUGUGGCAUCAAUCAAAUAUCUGGCUCUACAGAUCAUGGUGACCAAUACGUGAUGGAAACAAUAUAUGAACAUAAAUUCGAGUGCAGUGCCUAUCAAAUGGUGAUCGGACCAUUUGGUGGCGGUAUAAGCAAAAGAGAUUUCAUUUGCAUUCUUUCGUUGGACGGCACAAUGCUUGUAUACGAACAACAAGCCAUUGGGUUUCGCACAAAUUUGCCCCUAUUUCUACACCCGUUUCCUAUAAAAUAUGUCCAAUCGAUAGACGCGUUCGUCACAUUAAAUUCCGACCUCUGUUUGGCCUGCUAUAAAUAUCAGGAGUUAGCUGAUCCAAACUUGAAACAAAAAUGGCCAACGUGGUCAUGCAAUUUGGGAGAGAUUGUAUACGAUAUUCAGACUAUGACAAUGACACCUUCAUUUACUACGAUUCAUGUGCUGGGCGAACGACACUAUUAUUGUUUUCAAGGAAACGGAGUACUUUGGUUCAUAAAGAGACUCCAAUACUCUCCUUGUUGUUUUUAUCCGUAUGUUUUAGGUAAACACCCUGAAGCGAGGAUGAUGUGCAUGAUAGUCUCGGAUAACGAUGCCGUAAUGGUGUACGAACAAAUAAAACUCAAGUGGUCUGCAAAGUUGCCCUAUCGACCGUGUGUUAUAGCAAGGGCGUCAUCCAAAGAAUUACAAGGGUGUUUGGUGCUACUAUCAGAAUUUGGCGACUUGAGAUUAUGCUAUUUGGGUACGGAACCUGCGAUUUUUAUGCCUCCAGAGAAAUCAGCCGGUGUUUUCAAGGACACGAAAAAAAAACUAGCUCAAUUGAAAGAAGAUUUUCAGAAUAUUUCUACAGAAGACGAGACCGACACUUUGCCACGGUUAAAAUUAACAGCACGGGCCAUUGGUGUACAUGCUGCAGUGACGGGUAAGCAGAAAUGUUGUGACAUAGAAGUGGACUUGCUGCCGUCAUUGACAACUAAUUCUGUGCAAGUUGUAUUUCUUUUAAUUGCACCUCUGACGGUCUCGCCAUCAGUAAUACAUUUAAAUGACUUGACGGAAAACACAACUAUUCGGACGAAGGUCUUCAGAGACGAAAACAAUGUUGCUUCUGUCGCAUCUUCAAUUGAGUUCACUGUAUGUGUAUACUAUUCCAGAGACAAUGAAGUACCGGGAUCUGUUCAACAGACCAUUCGGUUGCCAUUGCCUUUGGUUUACGACGUCUGUCCUUUUCCUUCAAUGGAGCUCGAUUGUUCGGUUCGGCUCUCUGUGGAAGAAAGUCCAGUAUCCUUGAAAACUAUGUUUAAAGAAUUUUUUGGAGAAUCUACUUCUGAAAAGGAUUUAUGUCUUUGCACAGGCGCUUACACUAAGUACGUCAGGGUAAUAAGGUCGUCGUCAAAAAAUACCUACGAAGUACUUUCGUCUAGUCUCGUGUACUCAACACCUGUUGUUGAAGAAAUUUUGUUCAGGCAUAGAGAAUAUUACAAAAAUAAAACGUGUAAAAUUCGUUGUGAUGCGUCUGAAAUGCCUGUUGAGGCAUUUUAUCGGCUAAUCGAAGAGCACAUUGAUCUAAAAAAAAAACUGUGUUUUAUUCAGGAAGAAAUCGCGUCACUGUGCUCUCAAUAUAGAAUCAUUCAAAAGUGUAUUUUCAAUAAGCUCAAGGAGAACACCGAGGAAUCCGUUUCCGGCUUGAGCGUUUUAAUAGAUGAUGCGCACGAAACCCUUAUGGUGAAAAUGGCCGAAGUCGUUGGCAUGCGACAGGACGUCAAAGCCAAACGCUCCGAAGUCAGAUCCGUGGCUAGACUUUUGGUAUCCAUGCUCGGCCUGUGCUCCAAGAAUGACCGUGUUUUGGAUCAGUUCAAAGAGAUCGUGGCCUGUUCCGCCGAAGAUCUAGAAUGGGAGGAGAAGGUUUUUCAGUCACUCAGUCAUUUGUUGGGCGACGAAGUCCCGGCUUUGGACGGCGUUCAAAACGACAAUCCGGCUUACUUGGCGACCAGCCUUAAGAAAGUAAUCGAUAAUUUCAUAAAGCGUGUCAUCUCCGUGGAUCAUGAAUCCGUGUCGAAACCGAUAAGGGAAAAUUCUAGAGGAACAGUUUCGCCUAUACUCGAGUCUGAAGAAGGUUUUUAUGCAUAAACGUAAACUAAUUUAUAAAAAUAUUUCGUUAUAAUUUUUACUAAAUAGUAUC